AUGCUCUGCUGGCCGCGUCGAGGACAAGCGCUGCGCAAUGGAGGACGCUGGCAUCUGCGGUGUACAUUGAAGGCCAGUGUCCGCUUGUACAGUACAGAGACAGCGCCCUCUGUCAGCACUGCGAACAUCCGAUACCAUGCCUCCGGCAGAGAGUCAACAAGUUCCAUCAAGCCUUUGGAGCUCUCGAUCAACGCGAGGCACAACCUACGUGCACUGCUGAGAGAGUGCUCGUACCUGCCAGACCCUGCAGCAAAGCAAUACCUAUCCCAGCAUAUUCUGUCUGUCUUCAAGAGAUAUGACCGGUCUGAAUGGAAAGGCAGAGUGUUUCCAGACGUCCAGGCUCGACUGCAGGACAAAGCACGGGAAGGUCGGCAAGCACUGAACCGACUGAGACGAGCGAACGAUGGAGAGCUCAAGCCACUACUGAGGGUCCUGUGCUUGACGUACGGGAGGAUUGGAAAGCGUAGGCAUGAGUUCCUUGGGCCGAUGAUGCCGAGGGAUGCAGUGGCAGAACCGGCUGAGCAUGAGUCUGAAUAUAUGGCAAGAGACAAUGGACAAGAUGAUGCACAUGCGGCGGAUAUCUUCGCGGACGACGAGCGGCAUCUGGCUGACGUCUUUCAAGUCUUGAAGACGCCACGGACUGGAGGUGCCGAUAUUGCUCUGGAUGCACCAGAUACACCAAAGGCUCUUCUGCACGAUCGUAACGGCAGAAUGCCUCAGCCAACGACCGUCGCCGGCACACAAGUCUAUCUCCAAAAGCUGACGCCAGCGCUUCACGCCCUCGCCAAAUCACAAAUGCGCAUCAGCCCGGCCACGAUGACACGGCCCAAUCCCCGCCAUCUGAAGCCCGAUAUCGCAGAGCUCAACACCGCAAUGCGCCCAAUGCCAAAAUCACGAGUCAAGAACAUGACCAACAAGUGGUUCGCCAAUACGCUUCGUCGAUUGUUACCGCCUCUGCCAACACAAGAAUGGCUCAGACUACAAGAGCUGGCCGAUGGCAAGGGCAUCGAGGAGCAGCUGGCGCAGCGUAGACAACGUCCCAAGUCUCCGCCAGCUGAUCAGCCCAGUGCCUUGGAAAGGGUGUUGAUGCGUGGGACGUUUGAUGUGCCCAAUCCUACCACUCGUGAUGUGCACAGGGUCACGCCUCGCUACAUGCGAAGGCUAUAUGCGGCUGUCUUUGGUCAGUGUCCGCGGAUGGAUUGGGAUGCGAAGAAUGAACGGUGGGACGUUACUUGGGGCUCGCAGGUGCUCGCACGACCACACUGUUCUCAAGAUGGACAACGUCAGCGCGCCCUACCAGGAGGCCUUCGGCAUGAUGUUCAGAUAAAGAUUGAUGAAGCACCACUUUGA